AUGCAGCCGUGUCUGAGCUGCGGCCCCGCAAGUCGGCCGCUCGCGGAGAAGCCAUCGGAGGCAGCCGGCGAGCGCACCCGCCCCCCGCCAGCCAGCCGGCUAAUAUCAGCCGGCGAAAUUAGGGCGGGGUGGCGGAGCCGCGCCGGGCCGCGCGGCGACCCCGGCGCUAAUUGCAUAUCGAUCAGGCCCGGCCGCCGGCUUUGCCGUGUUGCAAGAAACGGCGGCGGCGGCCUCAGAGAUCGAGGCACUCGUCAGCUGGCGCCGCGCGUUUCCGAUUGCCCGCCGCGUCCAUUUGCGGCACAAAACGCGGCGGCGGCGGCGGCGGCGGCGCGCGGCGUGCGUCUGCAACCGACAGCGAUCCACUCAAUCUCGCCCGCCGCCGCCGCCGCCGCCGCCGCUGCCUACCUGCAGCGCCGCGCACCGCACCACAGCACUGAUUGCGUCGUUUACGAGAUUAACUCUGCCAGCGCAGUUCCCAUGGCGCGGUCGGCGCAACAAUAA